UAUAUGAUACGUUUACACCUUAGAGCCAAGCAACCGUAUCUUUGUGUCAGAUAAGAAAGAAGUCGGUGUAGCUAUUCCAUUACACCCAUAAACACAUUCGGAAUCAAUCCGAUAUCUGUGCAAUUACGAUCUACACAUAUCCAGGAUGUCACUGUCAUAGUAAAUUAGCACCUUUAUCGGCAUUUACACAUUUCACUGGCGGCAUAAUGCAAUCAUGUCGAUGUUUAUGUCACAGAGAGCGUGAGCAAGUCAUUCUUCCCUAUGCAGAACGUUCACUUCACAUGAGGGUGUGACACACGAUGGUCUUGGUCCGACUCUUAGCGGCGUUAGGGCUGUGGAACCUGAUUGGAAGAGGAUGUAGUCAAUGUAUCAACUUUAAGGCAAACCAGUACUGUGAUGCCGAAGCUGCUGUAGGUGAGUGUUGGCUCAGUGCACUUAUCAACUGUCAGUGCCAGAAGUCCUGCAACUCGAGGCCAGUGUGUCCAGGUGUAUCGAUGGAUCAAGACUGUGCUUGUCUGGCGUUUGCCGCAAGAUGUGACGACCCAUCCGUCAAUAUCAAGUGUUAUACCACUUGCCAACGCCGAGUCGGUGUGGUAUGUACCGCCCUGCCAAGCAUUAGUCACGCCUCGCCGUCCAAUCCCAGUCCUCUGUACGGAGACAAGGUGACGUUCUCUUGUAACGUCGGGUACACCCGGGAAGGGGGAGGUGAGGGACUUAGGAUCUGCAUUCUGGAUGGUAGCUGGGUCAUCAGUAAUAAGACGGGCACACCGCCUGUGUGCCAGGCGGUCAGCUGUGGUUCUGCCCCUGUAAUAAGGAAUUACGUUGCAUCAUCCGCUACGGGAGUCUAUGAAGAUACCAUCACGUACGACUGUGCCCUGACGUCUGUGAGGAUAGGAGGCGGCGGCGGCGGCGCGAGACAUGCGUGCACUGCUUCUGGCGUGUGGGUGGCGGACAGCAGGGACAUCUACCCCCUUUGUGUUGACGCUACCAACUACUAUCAUGACUCCAGUUCAGAGGUAGACACAGGUCUCACUCCAACACUGAGCGCGGUGUCUGCCCGGAGCGGCCUGGACUGUGCAAGGUUCUGCUCGAUUUCUCCGUUCUGUCAAGGAUACACAUACAACAAAACUAACACAGUCUGCAGUCUCAACGUGGGACCUUCCUUCCCCAUAGUCACAGAUAUGAAGAGAGUGUAUAUGCAGAAAUAAAAGACCAUAUAUAAUCUGGAAACAAUACGGAUUGUUUAAUAGUUUAAAGGGAAUUAAAGAUUGUAAAAUACGA